GUCUUAACGUGAAGGAAGUGCAGAAUACUGAAUAAAGAUGUCUGGACGUGGGAAGAAGGCUGCACCUGAUGCAAAAACGCAACUCUCCCAGUCUAACAGAGCAGGGAUCACUUUCCCAGUGGGCCGUAUCCACAGGCUUCUGAAGAAAGGCCACUAUGCGGAACGCAUUGGCAAAGGUGCAGCAGUAUACUUCGGCGCUGUCCUGGAGUAUCUCUGUGCAGAAAUCCUGGAGCUAGCAGGAAAUGCCUGUCGUGACAACAAGAAGCGUCGCAUCUCUCCUCGCCAUAUCUUGUUGGCGGUGAAAAAUGACGAGGAGCUCAACAAACUGCUGGCAGGGGUCACAAUCUCUGAUGGUGGUGUCAUCCCAAAUAUCCAGGCAAGCCUUCUCCCUAAGAAGACCCACUUGCCCAAGGAUGACAGUUCAGCGAAAGAUGUUCAGUCCCAAGAGUUUUGAUUGUGAAUGUUCAAGUUUUGC